AUGGCGACCAGCCACAAGAAAAAGCUGCUGCACAACGUACAAUUAGAGGAGUCAAUUCAGGAGGUGUGGCAGCGCCAAGCCGACAUGCAACACACCAUGAGCCACACCAGUCGCAGUCCUGCCCAAGUCCCCGCCGCACCGCAGCGACCCAACCGAGCAGAGGUGCCCUACCUGGAUCGCCUGGCUGGCCAGAUCAAAAAGAAGAUCAAGAACAAGAAGAGCCGGAAGAGCAGGCCCCAGGCUAAUGUCGCCCGACCAAACACGGACGGCAAGCAGUCGCGCAAGGCAAGCUUGUGGUGUUGGGGCAAGUAA